AUGGGCUUUGAUUCAAAGUUGAUUGAAUUGAUUACGGGUUGUAUUCAAACUGCAUCUUUUUUAGUUUUGGUAAAUGGUGAACCAAUGGGUCAUAUAGUUCCAAGUAGAGGAAUUAGACAAGGGGACCCUUUGUCCCCUUAUAUGUUCUUGUUGUGUAGUGAGGGGCUUAUCUCUUUAUUGAAAGAUGCUGCCAUUAACCAUGAUAUCUCUGGCAUUAAAAUUUGCAUAAGUGCUCCCUACAUUAACCACCUACUUUUUGCAGAUGAUAGUGUGUGUAAGGCUGAUGUGGAGGAAAAUAGGAAGAUUCAAGCACUGUUGGCAAGAUAUGAGCAGGCCUUUGGUCAAAAGAUUAAUAGGGAGAAAACUGCAAUGAUUUUUAGUGGAAAUGUUUCAGUUGACAAAAAAAAUGAGUUAUUGCAGCUAUGGAGUGUGAAUGGGGUGCAACAAUAUGAAAGUAUUUAA